AUGGUUCUGUCCAAGUUGAAUGCCACACAAGAUGUGAUCAGAGCCUCACUGGGCUCAAUGAUCCCAAUCGCUGCAUCAGUUGACCAGCAGUUCCAUCAGCCAUUAGUGCUGCUGCUGGAAGAAUGUGUGGCCUCCACAACACCAGAAUUGGGUCCAGAUUCUCGCGUUUACCCACUCCUCACCAAUAAGGGGUGUCUGGUAGAUAGCAAAAAGACCAACUCGAUGUUUCUGCCUAGAAGCCAAUUGUCUGCGAUCAGGCUAUAUCUUCAAGCCUUUAAGUUUGCCAUUGGAGAGGAUGUCUACAUUCACUGCAAAGUUGUGGCAUGGGAUCCAAGAGACCUGGAUGGUGGCAAGAAAGCUUGUCAAUAUGACAAGGCCAACUCAAGAUGGGUACUACUUGAUGAUCCUUCCCAGAGUUCUCUCUGCAGCUGCUGUGACACUAACUGUCAAGGAAGAAAGAAAAGAGGAAUAACAGCUGGUGAGUUAAGUAGAUGCUUCUCGUUUUGCUUGAUGCGAAACAUAGUUGAUGGUAAUGCUAUCUUGGACAAAAGGAAGGCAAAAUUAAAAUCGUUUGCCGUUACAUGGUAA